CGGUGAAUCAUCGCCCCUCAAUAAUUUGCAUAUUCUUUUUGAUAGUUUAAUAAUUGGCAAGUUCUUCUCAUCUCCGACAAAAGCCAAGAAAUUCAAGAAAACUGAGGAAUGGCUGCUUAUGGAAGUUUCAGAGUGAGAUCGCUGCUGUCCCUUCACAAAUGCAGCCCCAAGAUCACGCGUUCUUCAUUAUCCGACUUUUCAUGGACUCGCAUGUUUUCUUCAUCAUCUUCCCCAUCCCAAUUUCAAGCAGUUGGAUUCAUAGGACUUGGAAACAUGGGAUCCCGUAUGGCAAACAACUUGAUUAAAGCUGGAUACAAUGUCGUGGUGCAUGAUGUAAACCAUGAUGUUAUGAAGAAAUUCUCGGAUAAAGGCAUUCUUACGAAGAAUUCGCCUCAUGAAGUUGCUGAAGCAAGUGAUGCUGUAAUUACUAUGUUGCCAUCUUCAGCCCAUGUGAUGGAUGUUUACACAGGACCAAAGGGUAUGCUUAACAGUGGAAAUGGACUGAGACCGUGGUUGUUCAUAGAUUCCUCUACAAUUGAUCCUCAAACAUCCAGAAAGCUUUCUUCAACCAUUUCUAAUUCUAAUUUAAACAGAGAGAGAGGUGGCUGUGAUAAUCCUGCUAUGUUGGAUGCUCCUGUAUCUGGAGGUGUUCUAUCAGCUGAGACUGGAUCUCUCACUUUCAUGGUUGGUGGCUCGGAAGAAGCCUAUAGAUCUGCAAAGCCUUUGUUUCUCUCAAUGGGCAAAAACAUCAUAUACUGUGGUGGUCCAGGAAAUGGUUCGAGUGCAAAAAUUUGCAACAACUUGGCAAUGGCUGUGAGCAUGCUUGGGGUUUCAGAAGCCUUUGCACUUGGUCAGUCGUUGGGCGUUGCAGCUACUACUUUGACAAAGAUAUUUAACUCUUCAAGUGCUCGAUGUUGGAGCAGUGAUACUUAUAAUCCCGUGCCUGGAGUGAUGGAUGCGGUGCCAGCUUCCAGGAAUUAUGAUGGCGGCUUUGCAACCAAAUUAAUGACUAAAGAUCUGAAGCUUGCGGCAGAAUCAGGCAAGGAAGUGGAGGCCAAAACUCCAAUGACAUAUGUAGCAGAGGAGAUAUUCAGAGAGGUAUGCAGUGAAGGUCAUGGAACAAAGGAUUUCUCGUGUGUUUUUCGCCAUUAUUUCUGUGGGAAAGAUGAGUUUUAGUUUGUAUCAUUAUUCUAUCCAAACAAAAUAAAUAAUCUUAUCCAAAAGUUGUAUGAUAAUUGGACAAUAAUGAUCAAAUUUAUAUGUCCAUUUGGUAUUAUUAUACACUUAAUUUAAUUUAUUUAACCAAGUUU